UGUCUGCAACCGAACGAUCCACCAGGUCUCUUUCCCUGGAAAAGUGGUCGCGGACUUUCUUUUACCCCAUAUUGGAAAUCAAAAGGCAUUCAACAUGACGACUGAAACCUUGGUGAAGGAUAUUAAACCGGGCUUGAAAAACCUAAACCUUAUAUUCAUUGUACUGGAGACAGGCCGGGUAACCAAGACGAAGGAUGGCCAUGAAGUGCGGACGUGUAAAGUAGCCGACAAAACUGGCAGCAUAAACAUCUCUGUGUGGGAUGACGUUGGCAACCUAAUUCAGCCAGGAGACAUCAUCCGACUCACCAAAGGAUAUGCAUCUGUUUUCAAAGGUUGCCUGACUCUGUACACUGGACGUGGAGGAGAUCUACAGAAAGUUGGAGAGUUUUGCAUGGUGUAUUCUGAAGUGCCAAAUUUCAGUGAGCCAAACCCAGAGUAUGUGGCCCAACAGUCACAAAACAAAAAUAUGCAGAAUGACAAUUCAACACCUGCAGCCAGCCAAACCACACCGGGUCCCUCCUCCUCAUCUGCAGCAGCCUCUGAUAAUCAGAAUGGCAAUGGAUUGAUUACCCCUGGCAGCUCCACACAUCCACCAAGUGUCCCCACCCAUCCGACAAGCGGUCGCAUCACCCGAAGUCAGCCCAACCACCAGAGCGGGGGGUCAUCGGGAACAGGUUCCUCCUCCAACCCAGUCAGCAAUGGUAAAGAGACUCGGCGAAGCAGCAAGAGAUAAUGGGUGUAGGACUGGAGGGUGACUCUUCCUCUACCACCUGAUUGUUCCCUUUUUACCUCCUACUGACCUACUCUGAGGCAAAGCAGCCAAUAUUGAGGAGAAGAGAUGGAUACUAGGCUGGAGCACAGACUGUGAAACCAAGUUAAGGUUAGCCACUGAAAUGUACUUUUAACGUGUGAUGCUGAGCACUGCGGGAGGAAUAUGGUCUUCAAUACAUUUAUAUUUGUAUUUCAUGGAGAACUUGUACUUUUCAGGACUACCCAUACACGUAUACUACAUUUUAGUUCUGUGCCGGAAAUGGGCACGAUCACCCAUCUUUGUCUGAAUGUUUUCUUAACUACCGCUUAUCUUCUCACAUCAUGUUCCUGUCCAAUUGGCACGUGUCCUUAAAUUUUGCUCCACUCGCACUUCUACAGUCCUUAAAAUCAUUUACUAACAUGAUAGAUUCAAAGUGAAGUUUGUGAAACUAUCCUGUACUGAGUGGUUUUAGGGUUCUGAAUGAAAAGGCCGCUAUGCCUAGCUCUCACGGGAUAUCUUUACAUGGGAGGGGGGUACAGCAAGGCACACGACAACAUUUUUGCCACCUUUUCCAAGCCAAGCUAACACUGGCUGUCUUCAAAUGGCCCAUAAGAUCACUGUUGCUUUUCUUCCCAAAGGUAUUUUUGAUAGCUUGCAGCAUCCUGUGGAUAGGCUUCUACCGAGAAAAUGUUAGAUUAGAAGUCUGACGAAACUCACAAGAGCAGAUUUUAAAUUGCCCUGAAAAACUAACAUUAUAAUUGUUGUUUUUAGAUUAGAUUAGACUGUAUGUUUUUAUGACAGUAAACUUCGGCUUGACUGGCAUUACAUUUUACUGGGGUCAGAUGGUUGCUGGGUCUAGGGUUGCCAUCCCCCCUGCCCGGGGUAAGGGAUCCCCUGAUCCCCCCCCCUGCGCCCACUUACCAGGCCGGCGGGGGGGGGCAUGCAGAGAGAGAGCAGACAGCGGUGGCAAGAGCAGGCCACUCUCACUGCGGCCCCGGCGGCCUGCUCUCUUGCCACAGCCGCCCCUGUGCAGCCGGCACUGGCAAGGACAAGGGGCGCGGUGGCGGUGAGAGAGCGAGCUGUGGUGGCCAUGGCCUGCUCUCUCGCCACCGCCGCUGCUGCCUCCUCACCCCUUGUCCCUGCCGGUGCAGGCUGCACAGGGGCGGCCGCAGCAAGAGAGCAGGCCAUGGCCACCACAGCUCGCUCUCUCGCUGUGGCCACCGCUGCCCCUGUGCAGCCCGCACCAGCAGGGACAAGGGGCGUGGUGGUGGCCGCCCGCUCUCUCUGCCCCUCCCCAGUGCGCGUGACAUUGUCUCGCAGGGGUGCCCUUUGACCCUGCAUGAUGACAUCACUCCCAGAAGUGAUGUCAUCACGUGCACCGGGAAUGCGUGUGUGUGCAAAGCGUGCGUGCAGCCCCGACAUCAAGAGCAGUGACAGGGUAGGAGCCAGCGUCCCAGUCUCCCGCUGGGAGACUUGAGGGACCUGGCAACCCUACACUAGUGGCCAAAAUUGUGGAAACCUUUUGGAAAAAGUGUAUUUUUAAGGUUUGAUAGCUCAUAACACCACUUUUUUGGGGAGUAAUACCAUAAAAUUAUAUAUCAAUGGAAAGAUAAUUUAAUCAAGAAUGUAAUGCAAUAACUUUUAUGAAGGAAUUUUUUUUAGAACAGUAGUUAUAAAGAAGAAAAUUGAAAUGCAUAGAAAAAAUGAGUUAUACAACAAUUCUCAUCAUAUUCAGUUAAUACUUAGUUGGGUAACCUUUUGCUUUAAUUACGGCCUUACAACGCCUUCCCAUGGAGUGAACCAAGUUUUUUAGUUCUGGAGCUGUUAUAAUGUGAAACCACGACUGAGUUAUUGCUUCUAUUAAUUGCGGUUUAUUGCUGGGUUGCUUCUCACUAACCAGUUUCUUUAGUCGGCUCCAUAGAUUUUCGAUGGGGUUAAGGUCUGGGCUAUCCCCAGGCCAUUCCAACAGUGGAAUAUGAUUAUCUUGAAACCACUUUUUGCACCCAGCAGCAACAUGACAUGGAGCUUAAUCUUGUUGAAAUAUAAAUGCUUCAUUAUCUUGGAAAAGAUCACGUGUGGAAGGCUUCAGUUUGGGCUCAAGUAUUUCAUUUAUGUAUUUUUGGACAUUUAUAUUGCCAUUUAUCACGCAAAUUCUGCCCACACCUUUUGAUGUCAUACAACCCCAUAUCAUAACACUAACUGGGUGUUUCACAGUAGAUAUAAUGCAAUCAGGAUGCAAAUCUUCUUCGAUUCUUCUUCUCACGUGUUUUAUGCCAUCACUACCAAACGGAGAUUUUGGUCUCAUCACUCCAAAUAACACUGUCCCAUUGUUCCGCUGUCCAGUUAACAUGGGUUUUAGCCCAGUUUAAUCUUUUCAACCUUUUUUUGAGAGAUAACAAUGUUUUUUUGUGUGGAAUUCUAGCAUUAAGACCAAAUUCCUCCAGUCUGCGCCAAACAGUCCUUGCACUCAACUUCACAUUGAAUUGCGCCAUUUCGUUCUGUAUACACCCCGAUGAUUUUCUUCUGUCACCUAGGCUCAGUCUCUCAAUUCUUCUAUCAUCCCUUGCUUGUGUGCACCUUUUCCUGCCUUUACCAGUCUGGUUUUGUAGUGACUGACUUGCCUUAUACCUCUUCAAAAAUUUAGAAAUGCCACCUUUGGUUAAGUUUCCACCAAUUUUGCUUCUAAUUUCUUCAUAACUGUAGCCUUGUUCACUUAAUAGUACUAUUUUACAUCACUUUCUGGGUGACCAGUCAACUCUUUGUGCCAUUUCUUUAAUUUUAUUACGUUUUACAAGCUCACUAAAUGAAAGAACACAAAACCGACCAACCAACCUGAUACAUUCAAAUGAAGAAAAGCUACUUCAUAUCAACCUAAGCAAGUUGUGCUUCCUUUUCCUGGUUAUUUGGCUAUAACAUUUGAUAGAAUACAGAUAAUUGAACAAACUUUGUUGCAUUACAUUCUUGAUUAAAUUAUCUUUCCAUUGAUAUAUAAUUUUAUGGUAUUACUCCAAAGAAAAGUGGUGUUAUGAGCCAUCAAACCUCAAAAAUGCACUUUUUCCAAAAGGUUUCCACAAUUUUGGCCACUAGUGUAGCUGGGUCCCUGGCCCUACCAACCCGGAACCUGUGCUGCCAUCUUUGUUCUUCUUUGGUGCUAGGCCCUCAGAAAUGAUGCGUGUUCUCUCUGACCUUGCCAUGCUUGAUGUGAAGAAAGAAUACUUCCCGUACUCCCCUGAGACAUGACAGAUGUUUUUGGAGCAUCCUUAGUUCAUGAGCUCCUCGCUGGCCAGGCCUCCACCUCCACUGGAGAAAAGGAAGAGACUGUUUUAGGCAAGAGGCUCUGAGGACCCUCAGAAAGCUAUAGCAGUUAGCAGCCUAGAAGAACACAUGCUAUGGUUUGCGUUGUGGACUUGUUUUAAACACUGAGAAUAGGAUGAGAUUUUAACACUGAAAUGCUUGCCAAAGUGUUAACAUAAUUCGUUAAAAGCCAAUAAAAUGUUUUACAUUUUUUGUCAUUGUGGUUCUAUGGCUAUAAACCAACCCUAUUUAAGAAUAUUUUAAAGGCUGUUUACUUAUUUGCUUGGGCCUUGUUUUCUCCGUUCCUGUGUCUGUGUUCUUUAUUCCAGAAUAUUAGCAUGAACUAAUCGGGAAACAGAUUGUGGUGGUGAUGUUUUUAAAAAAAACAUUACAUUUGUCUCAUCUGAUGUGGCUACUUGAAUGUACUAUCAACGAAUGUUUUGAGAAUAAAUACUCCUAUCUUCCUUCUCUUCUUUAGCCUGCAGAUCUCUUUGAUCAGAGGAAAUGGGUCGUAACUGAAUAAAUUGUGUUGUUAAAUGAACAAGGGUGUUGUUGCUUGGGCAAAUAAAGUAUUUCAUAGAA